CAGACUGUGUGUUUGCGUUGGGGUAUUCCUAUGACGCCAUUUUUGUAUGAAAACAUAUCUUGCCAAAUCAUAUAUAACAAUGUCAUGUUUAUUUAUGUUCCGGCGCCACCCAUUCCUAUGUCCCAUCCCCACAAUCUUGAUGGGCCGCUUGGUGUGCGCUACACGGGUGGAUGUUUGCUGCAGUCCACGGUAACGUUACAGCCCUCCAACCAUACAGGUGACGCAAUGCCUCAGAAUGGUAUGAACAAUGAGGGUCGAAGAAGAGGAAUGAGUCGCAGAACCUGUAAAGCCAAUGGUCAGGUCAGCAGGCAGGUCCCAGGCACAGGUUUGGUUAAUGGAGCCGUUGUUCACAAUGGCUGCCCAGCCGCUGACACUAGAACGAGUGAGAACACACCAGCUGGCACACUGAAUGGUACCAAAUCACAAUGCAUGGUUAAUGGUUAUAUUAACCAUGGGUACAAGGGCAAGAGUUGGAAAAGAGCACCCCAGAGGACAUUCAGGAAACAAGGAAGCACGAUUUCAGUUGUCGGCGAUGCCUCAGCAGAUGGCCGGGUCUGCAGUGCUGGCUUUCCAGGUGGGAUCUCAGUGAAUUGUGCCACCAGUCUAGACACUGUUGAUUUGCCCCGUAAUUCUGACCAAAUGGCACCAGAGCCCAGCCCGUCAGCAACAGCAAAGAAACAGAGAAGAAGAAAGAUAUUCAGACGUAAGAAGAGGUGCGCCACCAACCUUACAGCUGCUUUGAAUAAAAUCAUGAGAGGCACUGAGGCCGCCUGUCUGGAGAACUCGACACCCCCACUGGUCCCACCGAAAGAGGAGGAAGACUGGGAGAAUGAGAUCAAAGAGGUCACACUGACUGACUGGGAAAAAAUGGCUUUUUUACCGUAUGGUCCAGAAGAUGUGCUCCAUUUUGCUCUGCGGGAUUUGACGCUUAAAGAAAGGGACACAGUUGCAGUUGACCUGCCGGUGACAGCCAAUUACAGCCCAGCUCGACACCACCCACGCCCUAUGCAAUGGUUCAGCUACAGCAUUCCCACUGAGCAAGACCAGUUCGCAGAUGCUGAUGAGUAAGCCAGACGUAUGCUGUUGUGUUAGAGGAUUUCUAGAAAUCAAUGUUCACGUACCACAGUUGACUAAGGAGUUCUGCUGUGAGCGUAGUUAGCCCUUAUUGGCACUGUGCACAUUUGUUUUCCCUCAUCUGAAACAUUAGAGGAAUACAUUAAAUGUAAAACUCUAGUUUAGUGUUUAAGCAAAGCUUCAAAAUCAAAUAGGUUAACCAUAGGUCAAAAAUUGUAGGGUGUUGGUUGUUUUUUUUGUUUUUUUUAAAUCAUAGGUUUUAUUUUAUCAUUUAUAUUUUAUCUUUGUUUUAACAUAUUAAUUUCUUAGCUUCUGUGGUCUUAAGAAAUGAUUUUAGGUAACUACCAUUCAAUAUGUGCCCGUUCAGUGACUUGUUACUGAAAGUGGUCAUGCAUUUGCUGUUCCUCCAUUUCAUAGCUUUAUAAUUUUGCAAGUCUUCCAACAACUGAACUGAAUAGUUUUUAUCUAAAGGUUUUGUUGUGUUUUAAGAUGCCAGAAAUGGGAACACUGUAGUCAUAAGUUGCUCUUUCUGAGCUAUACGAUCAAUUUUAUGGUUUAUAAAUUGCACAUGUUCACAACAAGUACGUUAAGCAACUAUUUUAGUUUGGGGCAGUGAGCUUAACCAAGAAAUCAUGGUUUGAUUAUGUAAUGAAAACUCAUUGUCUCAUUGUUAUCUGCCUAUUUAGAUUUUCAUUUUCACAACAACAAUAAAUCAAAAUUUCUUCUACAAA